AUGAUGAAUACAAAACAGGACGGUCUUGGUGUCCUGUCCUGUACUACAGGACAAGGUACUGGUCGAACGAAACCUCAAUUUGAUCAUAAACUAUGGAAUGUUUAUGAUCGUGUCAUCGCUGCUGUACCUCGUUCCAACAAUUCCGUGGAAGGCUGGCACAAUGCAUUCGCAACUCGUGUCGCAAUCAAUCAUCCAAACAUCGUGAAGCUGGCUGAAAAAAUUCGUCGUGAACAAUCAAAAUUCGAAGUGGACAUGCAGAAGAUUCUCCAAGGUCAUGAUAUCAAGACAAAGAAGGCCUGCUAUCGAAAAUUGGACGAACGUCUUACUCGGCUGGUCAAUGCAUUCGACGCAUCUCAAAUGGAUCAAUUCUUAAAAAAUGUCGCAGCCAAUAUUACUCUUUAG